GACAUCGCAGACUCAGCUUUCUUCGAUCUCAUCACUACAGCAUCACAGCCUCGCCUCUUCUGUCUCGUUUUCAAUACCGCCAUCAUGCAGAUCAACAGCUUCCUCGCUGCUCUCGCAGUCUUCCUGCCCAUUGUAUAUGGCGCCCCUACCGCCGCUGCCAACACCCUCCACCCCGAGAUCCUGGCUGCCAUGAAGCGCGACCUUGGACUUGACGCUGCUCAGGCCCACGCCCGUGUUGCUCGUGAGCUCAAGGCCACCGAUGUCAUCGAGCAGCUCCGCACUGCUGCCGGCUCCUCUUUCGCUGGUGCUUGGCUCGUUGACGGUGACCUCAGUGUCGCCGUUACCGACGAGGCCCUGACCUCUGAUGUCACCGCCGCUGGCGCAAAGGCGUUCGUCGUUGACACUCCCCUUGAGAAGCUCGAGAACGCCAAGAAAGCUCUCGACGAGAUGGACAUCUCCGCCCUUGGCAAGCGAUCUGAGGAGGCUGCCAGCGGCAUCGCCUCCUACUACGUCGAUGUCGCCUCGAACAAGCUUGUGCUCGAGGCGCUUUCCAGCAGCAGUACCCAGGCUGCUGACCUCGCCAAGAAGGCCGGUCUUGUCGAGGGUGAGUACGAGGUCAAGACUGUUGAGGCCCUGCCAACCGUCCUUGCCACCGUCCGUGGUGGUGACGCAUACCUCAUCAACCGUGGCGGCCGAUGCUCUGUCGGUUUCUCUGUCACCACCGGUUUCGUCACCGCUGGUCACUGCGGUACUGCCGGCGCCGCUGCAUCCACCACCGGUGGUGCCAGCACUGGAACCUUCAGUGGUUCGUCCUUCCCCGGAAACGACUACGCCUUCGUCCGUUCCACCAGCGGAAACACCUACCAGGGUGUCGUAAACAACUACAGUGGUGGCACCAUUGCCAUCUCUGGAAGCACCGCCGCCGCCACUGGCGCCAGCGUCUGCCGUUCCGGUUCCACCACUGGUGUCUUCUGCGGUACCGUCCGCGCCCUGGGCGCGACUGUCAACUACGCUGAGGGCCGUGUCACUGGUCUCACUCAGACCAACGUCUGCGCCGAGCCCGGUGACUCUGGCGGUUCUUUCUACUCUGGCUCCCAGGCCCAGGGUGUCACCUCCGGAGGAUCUGGCAACUGCAACAGCGGAGGUGUCACCUACUUCCAGCCCGUUAACGAGAUCCUCUCCGCUUACGGCCUCACUCUUGUCCGCGGUUAAGCCGUGGUUGUUGUUGAUUCUGGCUUGUGACGAACUUUUCAGGUCGGGUAUUUGAGUUGUAUAUAUUUCAAUUGAGUCACAUAUCUAUAUC